UCUCCCGCCCCUUCCGGCCUCGCAUGGCGCCGUCUCUUCCGCUGCGGGGAGUAAUAUGGGGACAAUACACCUGUUCCGCAAAUCACAGAGAUCAUUGGUUGGAAAGUUAACACAUGAAUUUAGGCUGGUUGCAGCAGACAGAAGGUCCUGGAAGAUUUUGCUGUUUGGUGCUAUAAAUUUAAUAUGUAUUGGCUUCCUGCUCAUGUGGUGCAGCUCUACAAACAGCAUAGCUUUAACUGCUUACACAUAUUUGACAAUCUUUGACCUUUUCAGUUUGGUAACAUGUCUAAUAAGCUACUGGGUAAUGAUGAAGAAACCCAGCCCAGUGUAUUCAUUUGGGUUUGAAAGGUUUGAAGUUCUAGCUGUAUUUGCAUCUACAGUUCUGGCACAGCUUGGUGCUCUUUUUAUACUGAAAGAAAGUGCGGAGCGGUUUCUGGAACAGCCUGAGAUACACACGGGACGACUGCUGGUUGGUACUUUCGUGGCUCUCUUUUUCAACUUAUUUACAAUGCUUUCCAUUAAGAAUAAGCCUUUUGCUUAUGUCUCUGAAGCUGCCAGCACAAGUUGGCUUCAGGAACAUGUUGCAGAUCUUAGUAGAAGUAUUUGUGGAAUCAUCCCAGGAUUGAGUAGCAUCUUUCUGCCACGGAUGAACCCUUUUGUCUUGAUUGAUAUUGCUGGAGCUCUGGCUCUUUGCAUUACAUAUAUGCUCAUUGAAAUCAACAAUUACUUUGCUGUGGACACAGCCUCUGCUAUAGCAAUUGCUCUGAUGACAUUUGGUACCAUGUAUCCCAUGAGUGUCUACAGUGGGAAAGUACUACUCCAGACAACCCCACCUCAUGUGAUUGGCCAGUUAGAUAAACUUCUUAGAGAGGUUUCAACUUUGGAUGGUGUGUUGGAAGUUCGAAAUGAACAUUUCUGGACAUUAGGUUUUGGCACUUUGGCUGGAUCAGUCCAUGUCCGAAUUCGGAGAGAUGCAAAUGAGCAAAUGGUACUUGCCCAUGUCACUAACAGAUUAUACACAUUGGUCUCGACCUUGACUGUUCAGAUUUUCAAAGAUGACUGGAUCAGACCUACCUUAUCAUCUGUGCCUAUUGCAAACAAUAUUCUGAACCUUUCGGAUCAUCACAUUAUUCCAAUGCCAUCUUUGAAAGCUGCUGACAAUUUGAACCCUGUUACCUCCACUCCAGCUAAGCCUAGCAGCCCACCACCAGAAUUUUCUUUUAACACACCAGGCAAAAAUGUGAGUCCAGUCAUCCUUCUAAACACUCAGACAAAGCCCUAUGGAUUGGGCUUUAAUCAUGGAUCUGCACCCUACAACAGUGUACUCAAUCAAGGACUUGGAAUACCAGGAAUUGGAGCAGCUCAAGGAUUCAGAACUGGUUUUGCAAAUGUCCCAGGCAGAUAUGGAACAAACGCUCGUGGUCAGCCCCGACCAUAAUAAACACCAUUAUUUAUUAUACUUAAGGGUAUUGACUUAAUUCUUUUAUUACCCAAUUUUUAUAAGCAUUUGGAAUGUCACAUCAUUCUGAAUGGCUGGGAACAAGUGCAUUGUUCAUAUUCAUGAAGUGGUUAAAUAGCAGUUUCUUCCUUUGCAUCAGCAGUAGCCUGUGUAAUGCCACAGAUAUUUUGCAGAUUUACAAUACUUUACAAGUAGUUUUUAUAGGGUGUCUAUUUCUACUCAUCUUUUUUAUCCACUUUUCUUCAUUUAUCCAAGAAUGUAUUGAGAUGCAGCACAACUCCCUAAGAGAAUAAAAUUGUCACCAGGUAGUAUUUUUUUUAAUUCUAAUGAGAAUUACUGGAUGCUGAAUAGCUCAGAGAAUAGGAAAUGGCAGAAAUACAAGUCCCAAUUUUCAGACAUGUUUGAUUAUUGUAUUAAGCCAUGCUUGGGCCAAAUCACAAUUAGUUUUGGAUUGCAAAAAUCCAUCAAUAUUCAUGUUAUGGCCAUUGUGAAGACAAUCUGGCAUUUCAGAUUGUAAUUGAUUUUGCGAGAGAGUGUUUUUACAUUUUGAUUGAUGCUUUUAUAGAAAUUCAUAUGGUUCAGCAACCAUUUUCUAGUUGUAAGUAUUCCAUUCUCAUCUCUGAUAUUUCUUACUUUUUGGUUUAACUGCAAAAUUAUUUAGCAAUAUACUGAGAAAUAAAAUACUUAAAACU